AUGGUUGGUUCGGUUGACAGUUCCAGCAAAAACCACGGAGAACAAGCGUUAAAGAACAUGUUAGAAUCAUCAAGCCUUGGUAGAAACUCUGAGACGAUAAUUGAGAUGCAUGACAUUGCUGCCUACUAUUGCGGAUGGUCCAUGAUUCCUCGACAGCCUCGUUCAGACGAUACAUUGCAUCCUAUAGACAAUCGAAACUUUCAACCCACUUGCAAGCAAUUCAACAACGAGGACAAGAGGCAAUAUCGCAGAAACGACAUGCCUUGCCAAACUGCAAAAGGCACGUCGGCAAAGGAUCUUCCUCUCCCUCAAACCAUUUUUUCUCAACCCCUCUCAGCCUACAACAUCCCACUCAUAAAACGCAUACUCUCCAUAUUCUAUCAACAAAGCACUUUCAGACAGCGGGAACCACGAAUUAGUCUUCUACAUAAGCUCGCGCGCGUCGAACAAGCUCGAACAGACAAAGUAAGAGAUGCUGUAGCUCAACUUCUUCGUCUCGAUAUACCCAUCACUAGAUCUGCUGUUAAGGCAGGGCCUCAUGAUGAAGACGUAGAUGGAGAGUUUACGGGAGUAGAAGAGGGCACGGAUUGUGAAGUUUGUUUGCGAGCUUUACCCCCAGAAAGCUUUCCUCAACAAGAUCUUGCAAGCAAAUGCGAACACAAGGCACAUAUGUGUACGUCGUGUCUGGAACAAGCUGCUGUGGCAAACGUAGAGAGCAACCCCUGGGAUAAUAUACCUUGUCCAUACUCCAGUUGUGAAAGGAUGUUGGAACCAAGUAUCGUGAUGAAUUAUAACAACUACAUCGAAAAGUUGGAGAUCCGCAACCUCCCAAACUUUCAAUGGUGUUUAAAUCCCAAGUGUGUAUCUGGUCAAGUCCACAACGAUGGACCGAAAUAUUUGAGAGUUAUAUGUCAUGCUUGCCAAUCCGAGAGCUGCUUUCUUCAUCAGAUCCCACGAGGUGAAGGAAAGAAGUGCACGGCUUGCGAUAAUGCUGUUUCUCGACAUGAGGGACGCGUAGAAGCACUUACGAUUACGAAACCGUGUCCAAGAUGCAAAGUGCUGACCAUCAUGGGUCCGAUUAAUUGUGGCAGGGCACGAUGUAAGUACCAAAUCAUCUCCGAUCUUAUGGUGUGCAUUCUCCGUUGUAAAUACGACUGGAAAAGAUUUAGCGCAGGUCGUUGA